AUGGAUAAUUUUUCCUUCUUGAACUUCUUCGGAGAAGCAGACAACCCAGGAUAUCUGGAUCCAAGUCUGGGAUUGUCCACCUUGCAUCAAGUAGACACGCAUCAAGUCGCCGAGAUGUAUCAUUUCGAAGUCGAGGAGGAAAAGAAGCGAAAGGAGGAAAAGCGAAAAGAGCUGAUGGAGCAAAUAGCCAAGAAGGAGCAUUUGUUGUCCCUAAAUCGCGCGAUCCAAAUGCACCUGCAACAACAAAUCGAUUUAGUUACGAGUUUUCUAACACAGGAGUCGGAAUCGGAGUCAGAGGAGCUAACGAGCGAUUAUCUACUCUCGUUUCCCUCCACCUCUCCGUCCUGCUUUUUUUCUCGCAAGCGGAAGAACUACCCUCGUUUUGUGUCGUCAGAAGGGAAGGUGCUUUCUGUGGCCUCCAUCAAGCCGCUUUCCAUCAAACGCUGGACACUCAAAUCGGAUCAAAAGCUCACCUCGUUCGUGUCGUCGCAGUGUACCGAGCUCAUCAAGAAUUUGUCCGUUCCGGAAGAAUUGCUUCCCCAUUGCCAUCGCUACAAUGCCUCGACCAGCAAGGCGGAGAAGGACCAGCUUUUGCACGAUAUGAUUCCUGUUCUGAUCGGCACCUUCUCGUGGGAGUCGAUUUCCAUCGCAGUGGGACACACCUGUAAUGAUUGCUUUGUCCACUGGCUGAACUGCUGUGACCCGCUUAUCAACACGGAUCCGUGGUCUCUUGAGGAAGACUCACAGCUGUAUUCGAUUGUGAAGGAGAAGGGAGGGAGAGAUUGGCGGGAAAUUGCUUCGGAGUUGAAUACGAGGCGCACGCCGUACCAGUGCUUCGAGCGCUUCGUCCGCGUGCUGGAGAUCGAAAACUACAAUCAGAAAUGGACAGCAGAAGAGGACAAUGCCGUGCUGGAGGGAGUGAAGCAGUAUGGAACAAAGAAUUGGAAAAAGGUGGCGCAGCUUGUGCAGACGAAGCAGUGGGUGCAGUGUCGCUCGCGGUACUUCCAAUCCCUGCGCUUUCAAGGGAAAAAGGGACGAUGGAGUUCAUUGGAGAAUAACCGUUUGCUGUUGUACUUGCUGUUUUACGGGCUGGACGACUGGACGAAGAUCGCCAACCACAUGGUGAGUCGGAACGUGAUGCAGUGUCGAGAUCGUUGGAAGAACAUUCUGCAUCCCGACGUGGUGAGUGCUCCCUGGACAUCGAAGGAGAAUGCUCUGCUUCGAAAACUCACGCGGGACAAGUCUCGAUUGGUGUGGAAAGAAAUAUGCAAGUCGUUCCCUGGGCGUACUGCAGACGCGUGUAAAUCGCAUUAUAAGACCCGAAUAGCUCCUACAACCUUCUAG